AUGCAGAAGACGUCUGUGAACUCAACGUACACGCCAAAAUGGUUAUGCUCUGCAUCUGAUGGAGCGUACACUGCGUCGAAUACUGAAUUUGAAGACAUGUCUCAAAAAUGCAUGCCCGCAGCAGCGCGAAGUUUCAAGCACGACAACGCUCGGUCGAACAUUGCAAGAAUGAGCAAAGCCAAACUAAUGAAAUUCGGUUGGACCAUUUUACCACACCCACCGUAUUCCCCAGACCUGGCCCCCUCGUAUUAUCACCUUUUUUCCUAUCUCCAACGUCAUCUGGGUGGUCAAGACUUCCAAACCCGCGACGACAUCAAAAAGACACUCGAGCAGUGCUUCAAGGAGAAGUCCCCAGCAUUCUGGAGCAAGGGCAUCUACGAUCUGCCUAAGCGUUGGCAGAAGAUCCCCUCCUCCCUUAUCGUUGGGAUGAGACUGCUCCUCCUCGUUCUACUGUUGGCCGUGUGGGUAAACUGUGCGAUUGCGGACGAUUUCGGUCAGAGAAUAAAAAAAGUGUUCGGGAAGAUCAAAACAGCUCUGAACGCCACAACUCUUCAAAGAGUUCAUGAGAAAUUCAAAAAGUUCGGAGAAAAACUCAAGGCGAAGUUAACUCUUUCUCCGGAACAACAAGCACGACUGCAGGAGUUGUUGAAGAAAAUAGUUCCCAUCAAAAAGGAUCACGUUCAAAAGGAUGGUGAUUCAAUUGAAGAAAUCAAUACUAAGAAGAAAAUUGGAGAAUUUUUGUUCCAAAGCGACAUUGUUUUGACAGAAGAACAGGCCAACGAAAUCGUCGACGUCGACAACAGUGGCAACCGCACCAAGCGUCAGGCCUUCCGUGAUGGCAAUUAUCCCCGUACAAUAUGGUCAACUGGGGUAAACUUCUUCUUCGAUCCUAGUGCAGGUCCUGAUAUCCAAAGAAUCUUCAAGAAGGGCGCAGCACUCUGGCAGAAGGACACAUGCAUUGAUUUCCGAAUGGACAAUAGAGCUCCGAACCGGAUUCGAGUAUUCCGAGAAGACGGUUGUUGGUCUUUUGUUGGCAAUCUAAACCGUCAACAAGAUUUAUCUCUGGGAGAAGGAUGUGAAACGGUAGGAAUUGCUGCACACGAAAUCGGCCAUGCUCUGGGUUUCUUCCACACGCAAUCAAGGCACGAUAGGGACGACUUCAUUGUUUUCAAUCCGCGAAAUGUCAAGCCGGACUGGCUGGAUCAAUUCACCAAAGAAACUGAAAACACCAACUACAACUAUGGACUACCAUACGACUACGGAAAUAUAAUGCACUACGGAGCUAGCAGCUCUUCGGUAAACGGUGAAGUCACAAUGAUGCCAAAAGACCCGAAAUACAUAGAAACUCUCGGCUCGCCGUUUGUAUCCUUCUACGAACUUCUCAUGCUGAACGCACAUUACCGUUGCUUAGAAAGAUGUGACAAAGCCACUUCUGCAAAAUGUAUGAUGGGAGGUUUUCCUCACCCUCGAGACUGCUCCAGAUGCGUGUGUCCAAGUGGCUACGGAGGCCGGCUAUGCAACGAAAGGCCCCCUGGAUGUGGAGGUACGCUCGAGGCAAAACCCCAGUACCAAGUACUUUUUGACGAGGUUGGCGAUGCUAAGGCGGGAAAGCAAGCGAGAGAAGAUAUGACCACAUGCACAUAUUGGAUUAGGGCCCCGGUUGGGUCAAGGAUUGAAGUGAAAAUUGCGGAUCUCUCACGCGGUCUCGCUGUGGAUGGAUGCACCUACUGGGGAGUGGAAAUUAAGACCCAUGCCGAUCAACGCCUCACUGGCUACAGGUUCUGUGCUCCAGAGGAUGUUGGGGUCACAUUGGUAUCAAAGUUCCACGUUGUUCCAAUAGUAGCGUACAACAGAUUUUACGCAACUCAAUUCAAAUUGCAGUACCGUAUCGCUCCACAGCGAGGAUGA